AUGGCUACAGUUUUCGAAAGUUCGUUCUUAUCAAAUAGAGCACAUCGUGUUGAGGAACGAUAUGAAGAAUCGAUAAACACUUUUGGGAAAUGUGACUGCACUAGUUAUAGCUAUCUCGCUUUAAGCGUCAUUUUGUUCAUGAUUGGGACAGCUAUUACUAUUUUUUCUUUGGAUGACAUCGUAGGCGAACACAUAUUUUUUAAACUUGGUCACAUGUGGCUUAUCGGUCCAAUAUUCAUUUGUUCUGGGUUAAUGGUGGCUGUCAAAUGCAUGCUUUACCUUCGGCGAAAGUCUGUUAUACAAAUGAUCUUUCAUCAACGACAAUUAUUCAGAGAAUUAAGCGGUACUCGUGGUAUUGAACGUAUCGAUAUACAAACUCCAGAUCCACCAUCUUACGAAGCAAUCGCUCAAGAAACUUAUAAUGAAUUACCUCCGCCUUCUUAUGCAGAAGCGGUAGCGCUUGUACGCAAGACUAUUGGGAGCAGUAAGAAUCUUUCGUUCUGUUACAAAAAUUUAAUAUUAACACUAUAGCAUUUUUGUUUUUCUUUUGCACUUCAGAUACCAAAUCAAAUAGCGCAACUGUUUCUUGCGAUAACGUCGCUAUUGACCAAAACAUCAGGUGUAAACCUUGA